UCAGUUUGCAGAGAUGUACAGUCAGAAAAUGGGCAUCUGCUCCUCGGUUCUGCUCAAGACCCUGUGGGGCUAUUUCUACCUCAACGCCAAAGCCAAAAAAAUCAUGAAGGGAGCUCAGUCUAAAGGAAAGAAGCCUCUGUUUGUGCAGCUUGUCCUGGAUAAUAUCUGGAGUAUGUAUGAUGCUGUGGCCAUUAGAAGGGACAAAGAAAAGGUGGAGAAGAUGGUGACCUCUCUGGGGUUAAAGGUCAUGUCUCGUGACCUGAGACACUCAGACCCCAAAGUGCUCCUCAGUGCCAUCUGCAGCCAGUGGCUUCCUGUGUCUCAAGCCAUGCUCUCAAUGGUGUGUGAAAAGCUGCCCAGCCCUGAGAUCUCGGCGGAGAGAGUGGAAAAGCUGAUGAGUGUAGGAGCGCGCAGGUUCGACUCUCUGCCCGAGCAAACGCAGGAGCUAAAAAAGGCAUUUCUAGAUUGUUCGGCUGAUGAGACGGCGCCGGUAAUCGUCUUUGUGUCAAAGAUGUUUGCUGUGGACUCCAAAGCUCUGCCACAGAACAAACAGAGCUUUCACCUUAAGUAAGGUGACGUUGUGUCAGAGCUGAGGAACAAUGCCCGUCACAGAUCUGAGAGCAGACGCUGGAUGGCGCUCUCAGCCGCGUCAGACUCCUCACAUGACAUCUGAGGACAUGAGCUGCUCAGACAGGAACAAAAGCACACGGCCCCUUUUGGACUGACCUCGGAUCAGACGUUUUCCAUUAUUCAUCGGAUCGGGUGGAACUGUAAAAUUAAAUUAGAUGGUGUUGCAGAUUAUUCAGUCAAGUGGAUCUUCGUGUCUUUUUAAACAUUCCACCCACUCACAA